CCGACAGGCGGAUUCUUAACCUAAAGUGGUAAGUUUUAUGUAUAUUAAAGAAAAAAUUUUUUUAAUUUUAAAAAGAAAAAAAAACAAAACAUACCCAAUAGCAGUCACUCUCCACCCCUUAAGCCCCAGGCAACCACUAAUUUAUUUUCUCUCUCUCAGAUUUGUCUAUUUGGGACAUUGCACAUAAGCGGAAUCAUACAAUAUUUGGCCUUUCCUAUCUAGCUAAAUCUUUUGCUUUACAUAGUAUUUCCAAGGGUCAUCCAUGUGGUAGCACAUUAUUAGGACCUCAUUCCUUUUUAUGGCCAAAUAACAUUACGUUGUAUGGAUAUACCACAUUUUAUUUACCUAAUUAUCAGUUGUUUCCACUUUUUGGCUAUUAUAAUACUAUAAACAUCAAUACUCUAAAAAUUCACAUAUAAGUACUUGUGUCAACAUAUGUUCUAUAUUCCCUCUCAUAUUAUCUAUGUAUAAUAUGUAAUAUGUGACAUGCAAUUGUUGGGUCAUAUAAAGAACUCUGUGGUUCUUUAUCAGGGAAAGUUUUCCAAAUUGUCUCCACCGUUUGGCAUUCCCACCAGGAGAGUUUUUAGUAAGUUUUUUUUAAACAAACAGGGACACCCUUGGCCUGCGAUAACAACGAAAACCGAGGGUCUCUAUCUUUCUCUCUAUCCUUUGCCCUGCAGGGAGGAAGCACGAGCGACUCUAUUAAUAAAGAGGGUGGAGGGCAUGUCAGGGUAGUUGCCUUGGUGACCGGAAGGGGCGGUCCCGGAAGGCUCCACGCAGACAACGGCUGGGGGGUGCGCGCAUGCGCGCGUGGGCCUGCUGGUUCCCGGGCUCGGGCUCGAGGUGGCGCGCGACGGGCGAAGCUCGGUGUUCCUGUCUUUUCUAUGAAUUUCACUCUCUGUAGUCUUCACCAGCAGCUGUGGUUUAAUCAUUCAGUAAAAGAGAAGAAUCAUUAACUAGGAGAAAAUGUCAAAUCUAAAAAUGAAAGAGGCAGCCCUUAUCUAUCUUGACAGAAGUGGAGGCCUCCAAAAGUUCAUAGACAGUUGCAAAUCCUACAGUGAUUCAAAACAAAGUUAUGCUGUCUAUCGAUUCAGUAUUUUAAUAAAUCCCUCUGAUAUUAUUGAGUUGGAUGCUGAACUUGGAAAUCAUAUUUUACACCAGCCUUUAAAAGCUGCUCAAGUUUUUCAAUCAGUCUGUUUUAUUGCUGUUAAGACUCUCUCAUUAAUUGAACAAUUACAGACUGAAACUCAAAUUAAUAUACUGCUGAAGUUAACACAUUUACCUCCUCUGCCAAGUUAUAGUCUUGAUCUUUGUGAGUUUCCGCUUGAUUAUACAUCUCAAAGAUUUUAUAUGAUGCAAGGAAUUGUGAUUGCAAUGACAACUGUAACCAAGUAUACACAAGGUGCAAGAUUUCUUUGUUCAGAUGAAGCAUGCCCUCUUUCAAAAGGAUUUCAGUAUAUAAGAGUGCAUGUACCUGGUGCUACAGAGUCUGCAACAAUAAGAAAUGACUUUUUAUGUAAUCUAUGUUCAUCUUCACUUCAAGAAGACAGAAAAUUUAGAGUACUUGGUGAUAAACAGAUAGUUGAAAUAAUUACCACAAAGGCACUUCGUGCUUUUCAAGGAUAUUCUAACAACCAGCCAUUUAGGUUUCAAUCUCUCACAGUCUUCCUCAGAGAUGAAUUAGUGAAUGAAAUGAAUAUAGGAAAUGAGUAUAAGAUUAUUGGAAUUCCAACCUGUGUAAAAACAUCACAAACUGCUCUCUGUAUAGAGGCAAAUAGUAUCACUUUUUUCAAUCCAAAAGUUCCUUCAGGAAUUAGCGACAAUUUCAGGUGUCUCCUCUCUUUGACUUCCAGCUCGUACUGGAAGUUUACAGCAAUACUUGCCAAUGUCUUUGCAUCACAAAUUGUUCCUCCUGGGACUUACAAUUUGCUCAAGCUCUGUUUGUUGAUGAGUCUAGUACAGACAAGUGACCGUAACAAGGAACUGGAAGAUUGCCUGGAUCUUUUAAUUAUAACAAGUGAUAUUCUACUCGUAGACAGGCUUUUGAAUUUUAGUAUAAACCUUGUGCCCCGUGGUAUACGUCAUCCAGUCUCUACUGAAAUUUUUCCUACUCUAUCCAAGAAUAAGUAUGGAACUGGAGCAGUUAGCAUUCAAGGUGGCAGUGCUUUGCUAGCUAAAGGUGGUAUCUGCUUUAUAGGAGACUUGGCUUCACACAAAAAAGAUAAACUUGAACAGCUUCAAUCAGCUGUGGAAAGUAGAAGCAUCACAGUAUACAUCUCGGGAAAGAAGUUUGGGGAUGAUAUGGAUCAGCAAAUGACUUUUCCAGUUCAGUGCAGUUUUUGGUCUUUUGUUGAUAUGGAUUCAUCUUCAAGAAGAAAUGUACAGAAAACCAAUACUCUAAUUGGUCAGAUGGAUUGCAGUUUGAUUCCAGCUAAUCUCAUAGAGGCAUUUGGAUUAUUGAUUAACUGCAAUGAGUCAUCUCCUUGCCACCCACUUCUUCCUACUGUGCAACAUACUUUAAAGAAAGCCAUUGAUCCUGAAGGGCUGCUUUAUGUAGCUUCUAAACAGUUCACAACUGAAGAUUUUGAAAAGCUGCUUGCUUUUGCAAAGAAUUUGAAUGUCGAAUUCAGCUUGGAGGCAGAAAGAAUGAUUCAUGGCUAUUACCUAGCAAGUCGCAGAAUCAGAACAGAUUCUAUAUGUGGAUCAAAGCUGUCAGCAUCUGCAUUAAAAUAUUUAGUUUCCCUAUCUGAAGCCCAUGCUCGACUGAACCUAAGGAAUAAAGUGCUUAAAGAAGAUGUACUUAUUGCAGCCUUAUUAUUUGAAACAUCUCUAACAUUGAAAUAUGGGGCUGCUGUACUUUGUGUUGCUCCAAAUGCAGUAUUUCCAUUUGAACUGUAUAAUGAAGAAUAUUUAGAGCAAAGGGAUAUCUAUCUGACUGAGUGCCAACAACAGCUCCAACAGUUUAUUGCCACAUAUGGACCUGGGACAGCUAUCUUUGCUAGCGAUGAAUAGGCAAUCUGAGGAAAUUUUUCCUUCAUUCCUUUUUAAGCAGUGGAAAAAAGUGUGAGUGAUUUUCAAGUAAUGCUUCAGGUAAUCUUGUGUGUAUGGGUACAUUAGAAUGCCACCUUAAAAAAUAUAAAAUAUGAUUUCUUCAAAUUAAUUGCUAAUGGAAUAAACACUAAUACAAAUCUCAAAGCCAACAGCAGAAAUUUAUAAUUUAGGAUAAUCUUAUUAAAAAAACUUCUGGUUAGCCCAGUGUACCAGUGGUCCACAGAUUAAAAUAUAAAGAAUGUUGCAAACUAAGCAAUGGAAAAAAAAUAGUAACUUUUGUGUAGUUCCCUCUAUUUGUCACAAGAUGGCAAUAACACUUUAAAUAUUUACUUACAAAGUAAAACCAUUUUUUUCUUCAUUUGUGAACCUGAAAAAUUGAUGAGUAAAUAACAGCAUUUAUAUAACCAGAAGCCUUCAAUGUAAGGACUUUUCAUGCUAGAUACUGACAUGUCUAUUAUGUUGUUUUAGAAGCCCUAAUUAUGGGAUCAGGAAAAGCCCUGGAAAUUUUCCAUUUUUAAACCAGGUUAAAUGAAAAGAAGUUCCAUUGAAUCAAGGAGCAGUAAUUGGCUCCUUAAACCUAACUAGUUACAAGAAAGGUACCAAAAGCCAAAGAAACCAAUUUGCAAACCGUCUUCAUUUUUGGAGGGAAGAUAUUUGCUCUGAAAAGGUAGGAACACCGUGCAAAAAUAUACUUAUCUUGUAAAAUCCCCAAAUCCUUGUUUUUAUUUUCCAAAGUUUUAAUUAAAAAGACAGUUCUACUCACUAAUAGGAAAAUGUCAUCACAAAAUUGCCACCUUAUUAACCAAGACACUGUCAUGCAUCAAUUCUUUAGAAAUAGGUACUUCAUGGAGUUUAACUGUGAAGGCAGACAGCUCUCUCACUCUCUAGAGGACUUUUUAACAAGUCACUUACUACUUUCUUUCCUUGCAGUUCAUUCAACAGUAUUUACUGAAUAUCCACUAGUGCCAGAGACUAUACAGUGUUGUUUUCAGAAGGCAAACCUAGUCUAAAAAAAAAAAUCAUAUAUUACAAAUUAAAGACCUUAUUUUGUGGCUUCUUAUAUACUAUAUUUCAGUUUUUUGUUCUCUAU